GCAGCCCCUCCCUCCAGUUUGCAGGGGUGGGCGGGGCCUAAACACACAUUGUGUCUCUCCGGCUCGCUGGGCUGAGGAUUACCGCGGCGGGCAGCUCGGAGAGGAAGGACCGUAUCUUCUCCGCCGUUGGUCGCUUUCCAGCUGCAGCAGGAGCGCGGCGGCCGUUGCCGUGAUGGCAUCUGUUGCUUCGAACAUGUCAACGGUCACGUUUGAAACCGCGGACAGCGAAAAGAGGGAUCCAGUCCGAGUUCUCUGAUUAUUAUGCCAGGACCUGCUUGAGACGCUGCGGUGAAAAGUUUAGGAGAAGUGGGGAUACGGUGACUAACGGCUGGAAAAUGGCAGAGCGCAGCAGCAACGAUGCCAACACCCUCAGCAUCCCGGUGUCGAUGCGACGCGGCUCCUCAGAGUCCAACCUGAAUGUGGUGGACAGCGUUGGUGUCGAUGGCGUCGGCGUGGAUUUUACAAAGGGAGCGCUCGGCAUCGACCGACUGCAGCAGAAGAUCCUCAAGGUGACGGAGCAGAUCAGGGUGGAGCAGGAGGCGCGGGAAAAGGAUGUGGCGGAGUACCUGAAGCUGGUGGACAACGCCGACAAGCAGCAGGUCGCCCGGAUCCGCCAGGUGUUUGAGAAGAGGAACCAGAAGUCUGCGCAGACCAUCGCUGCUCUGCAGAAGAAGCUGGAGCAGUACCACCGCCGCAUGAAGGACAGCGAGACCAACGGCAAGCAGAGCCAGAAGGACAGCAGCAGCAGCAGCAGCAAGGAGUCGGGCUCUCGCAGCAAAGACGACAGCCUGCGGGACAUCAGCUCCUCCGGCCGACACCCGACGAUGGACAAGAUCAAGACCAUCGGCCCCGGCGUCUCGCUUUCGCCGCCGUUCUUCUUCAACAAGCCUCUCGGCUUCGCCAACCGCAUCAGGAAUAAGUUCGGCAGCGCCGACAACAUCGCCCACCUGAAGAGCUCCAUGGAGAGCGGCUCAGGGCUGCAGGCGGAGGGGACGUCCCGGGGCCUGAGCGGCAGCGCCAACACCGUCGCCAAACCCUCGAAGUACCAAAGCGACGACGAGUGCUCCACCGGCACGUCGGGGUCGGCCGACUCCAACGGGAACCCGGCAGGAGGGUCUGUGACCGGGUCGGGGGGUCCAGGGAGGUCCGAUUCCAGCGGACGCCUUCUGGAGGUGCUGGACAUGGUGCGGGAGGUGAGGGACGCUCAGGCUCAGCUGGCUGAGGACAUGGACGCCAUGAGCACACAGUUCAAAAGAGACUACUCCUACUUUACUCAGGUGAUGCAGGAGGAGAGAUACAGGUAUGAGCGCCUGGAGGACCAGCUGAACGACCUGACGGAGCUGCACCAGCACGAGACCAGUAACCUGAAGCAGGAACUGGCCAGCAUCGAGGAGAAGGUGGCCUACCAGGCCUACGAACGGGCCAGAGACAUCCAGGAGGUCCUGGAGUCGUGUCAGACGCGUGUCUCUAAGCUGGAGCUGCAGCAGCAGCAGCAGCAGCAGACGGUGCAGCUGGAGAACACCGACGCCAAGGUGCUGCUGGGCCGCCUCAUCAACAUUAUGCUGGCCAUCGCCACCGUCCUGCUGGUCUGCGUUUCCACGGCGGCCAAGUUCACCGCGCCGCUGCUGCGCAGCCGGCUGCACAUGGCGUUCACCUGCCUGGGCGUGUCCCUGCUGGUGAUACUGUGGAAGAACUGGGAACAGGUGGAGUACACGCUGGACCAGAUGAUCCUCCCGCGCUGACCCGGACCGGCCAGGGCGCCGGAAAUGUAGCCAACACCUUCACCCGUCCGAACCGAGAGCCUCGCCCAAAAAAACCCGAACGCAUCAGGAGGCGAAGUCGUUUUGGAUCGGAAUCUGAGCCGGGCUCGAGUCGGGCAGUAGAGGCAUUCGUCGCAGCUGCGCCUCUCACCUCUGACCAAACACAGCGGGCGGAGAGCGCCCCCUACUGUAUCAUUUUUAAGAUUUGGUGCGACCAUUUUUGUUUUGUUUUGUUUGAAUCCUUCGUCUCGUGUGUCUCUGCUGGGUUUCAUAAAGGAACAAUCUGAGAAAUAUCCGUCUUUGUUCCUGUGUAACAUAAACCAGAAAUCAGGUUCCAAGUCAGGUUUACUGAUAAACUGCAGUUCCUUUCACAAAUCCAGGAGGAAAAACUUUCCACAGAGACACUAAAGCAUGCCUAAUAAAAUCAUUUAUACAGAAAUACGUUGACAUGUCACUUUAAAUGUUGACUAGACUAUGAUUAGAAAGUGUCCAUGAAAACAUCCUGUAAGGUUUUUAUAAGCACAUUUACGAGGUUCAGAUCAGCAGUUUUCCAGCCUGAUUUUCUCAUCUGCUGACUUUUAGUUUCACUUUGAACCAGCAAAGAAACAGAGAAACUCCCAGUAAAAGAAACUGGUUUAUUCCCAGCACAGCUUCUGAACUGCCUCUCCUCUUGUUAACUUAAUGUGUUUUUUUCUAAGUUGUUUUAAUGUAUGUAAAUGUUUUCAUUUGACACUGGCUCCAUAAAGCUGCGGUUCUGCUCCCACGUUUACGGCCAUCAUGUUCUUUUCAGAAUUGAAUUGUACAAAAAAACAAAAAAAAAAACAAACAAACGUGUAUGUAAACUUCUGAGCAGAACUGGACUCCAGGAGAAAACGCUAACCUGUGCAAACAUGUACUGUGAGGACGGAGGCAGCGCCUGCAAACUUUAAAUGUGACUCAUCAAAAUGCCUUUUUAUGGACUGACCUGAAUAAAUGAACUUUGACAUGAAGCCUUUGAUGGUGUGCUGCGUUCAAGUCCAGUGGAAAUCCAAGUGCUCUGGCUGAGACAAAACAUUUUAAUGUUUUUAAGCUGCUGUUAACCUUUUGAUCUUGAUUUAUUUCCGUAAGAUAUUACUGUCCAAAUUGGUUUCUAAGUGGUUAAAAAGUGAUAGGAUUUCUUUUUUACCACUGGACCUGAAAGCAGCAUCACAAACUGAACAGUGGGAACUGAAACUUGUAGCUCAGAUUUUCCCCGAAUCGUUUGUCGAUGAAGACGGUGGAAUGGGACUGAUGCCUUUCCAAUGCAGCUUCUUCAUUCUCUUCUGACUCUUUUUAUGUUUAAUGUCCAUUUAAAAGCAACAAACAUGGAGAAUCCUUUACAUUCUGUCUGAAUGUUUUUCAAAAUUUGCUCAAACACUACUUUCAGCAGAAGAAACACUUUCUAAUUUCUUUCUGUGCUUCGGUCAUAAUUGUGGGUUUCAUAAGAUUAUUCUUAUUUUUUCACAGAAGGAAAUAAAUUUUUUGUUUUUCUAUCA